AGAUGAAUUGAUUUGUUGAUUUUAACCGGAGAUCGUCCGUGUAUAACAGGAUGUUGCGGAACAGGCUUCUCUUUAAUCUGUCAAAUUCGCGUUAUCAACUUCCCAUCCUCCAACCCACCUUCCAUCUUCCCAACCUCCAACCCACCUUUCAUCUUCCCAACCUCCAACUCACCUUUCAUCUUCCCAACCUUCAGUCCUCUUCUUCUCUUUCUUAUACUACGGUUCCGGGAUACCUACUUCCUGGGAAUCUGAACUGCUCUUCUGCUGUCAGAUUUAGCACUGCAACAGCUAACACAGCUGCUGCAACAGCUGAUACAGAUGCUCUAUCAACACAGAUAGAUGUCAGCAUUGUGGACGGUCUCCCUCAGAUAAUUGUUCCUCUACCCUCUCGUAACGAGAAGUGUGUUUUCUCACUGAAACCAGUUUUGAACAAUGUCGGGGAUUUUAUCGAGAUGUUGAAAUUCGAGGAUCGAGGGAUCGACACGAUCUUCAUCAAGAACUCCGACGGGAUCAGAAUUGCGGCUAAAACUUCAAUUCAGAGAUUAUUUGAUCAGGAGUUUGAACUACACAUCAACGACACUGUUCAUCGUGUUGUACCUCCUAAACUAGCGACCUUGAGCUCUGAUGAGCUGAAGAAGAUCUCAGACGUGAAGUUUUUGAUUAGCGAGCUGUACGAGGCUCUCAACAUACAGGACUUUCACGUGGAGAAGGAAGCUCAGCUUAUCAAGGAUCUUGAGACAAUGAAGAAUGAACUGAAACCUCUUGAAGAUCAGAAGCUUGAACUCCAAGAUUGGGCAGAGAGAAGAACUAGCUUCUUUACAUGGGUUGGAUUAGGUAUGAUGUCCGUACAGUUUGGUGUACUGGCCCGCCUCACCUGGUGGGAGUACAGCUGGGAUAUAAUGGAACCUGUUACGUACUUUGUGACCUAUGGAACCGCCAUCAUUGCUUACUCUUACUUUGUGCUCACAAAGCAAGAGUACUUGUACAACGAUGUCGCGAAACGAACCUGGCUGAUGAGCUUCCAUAAGAAGGCUGACAAACACCGUUGGGACGUUAAUAAAUACAACUCACUUAAAAAGGGAAUUAUGAAUGCUGAGGCAGAUCUCCGAAGACUCCGAGCUCCAAUUCAAACUCUGAAAAGGAAUCCAAUUCUUGGACAGGAUGGCAAAUCUUCAGGAAUCUUCGGUAUUCAAAAUCUGAAGGAUGUACUGAAUAAACUCCAGUGACGUCAUUAAUCCACCAGACCUACGUAUACACCAGCGCUGUACAGUGUACAACAUACGUACACUUUUAAAGGGCGGGAACGGAAUUCUUAAGAUUCUGCAUUCCUGUAAUCUAAUCUUCCUUCUAUUAUCAUUAUGUAAAUUACUUCUAUCACUUAUCGUCUUUUUAAUAUUUAAAUCAACCAUUUAAAAUCAUUAAAAUGAAACUCUACGCACUUCUUUUCCUUCAUAACACUAAAACGCGGCUUUUUUCCCAUUAUUCUCGCAUUUAAUUUUGUGUCGUGAAAUCUUUCUAAAAAAAAUUGUCUCGCAUAAAUUUCUUUGUUUAAUAAUGUUCUGCACAGUCCACUGCAGUGCUAGGAGGGUCUGGUGCAGGUGUAAAUGUAGAAUGUUUAUCAAUUUUAGACGAGCUAAAAAAUAGAUUGAUUUAAAAGUUAGUGUUUUAGUGCCACCAAGCAGAUAAUAAGAUGCUUCUAAUUUACCGGG